GGCAAGCAUGGCCAGCGGGAGAUGGUAUCAGCACCCCAACAUCCCCUCUGCACCCCCAGCACCCCCCUCCAGCACAUGCUGCACCCCAUACACCCUUCUUGCACCCCUCAAACUGGAGCAGCCCCCACUCCUCCACCCCCCAGCACCCACCAGCUGCCUUGGGCACCCACGUGCAACCCCCAACCUGUAGGCCCCCCUCCCUGGGGGCCAUGUGUGUCCCACUGUGGGCAAAGACUCCCUCCCCCCUCCCAGUGUCCCAAUGUCCCUGUGGUGUCCCCAGGGCCAGGCUGGGUGGUGUAAGGCUGUGGUGGUGACAUGUGGCCCUGUCACCCCUAUAAGGGGGACAAGGGGCAGAGCUCCCCCAGACUGCAGGUGAGGAGAGGGGAUGGGGACAGGGACAUGGAGAGGGACAUCAGAGUGGGCUCAGUCCCUGGCUGUUGGGAACCAGGCUGGGACAAGGCUGUUGGGGGACACGGGGGUCUCUGGGAUGCCAGGAGUACGUGGGAGUGGCACAGGGGAGGGUGGAGGGACAGUGGGGAUAAGGGGCACAGAGGGGCAGGAUGGGGUGAGGGACACAAGGUGGAACUGGGGGUGGCAGAAGGACAGCUGGGACAUGGGGGAUGGCAGAAGGGCCACAGAGAGAACAGAUUGUUACCAAGGGUGGCAGAGGGGCUCUGGAUCAUGGUGGGGGGUAGCCAAGAGUGACAGGGCUGUGGCAUCUCCAGAGGGUGCUGGUGGUGUCCCCAGUGUCCCUGCAUGUCCUACUACCAUGUGGCCCUGCCUGCUGCUCGCUCUCGCCCUGCUGGGCACUGUCCCCGCCAGCCACCCUGCGCCCCGCCAGCUCCAGGGGGUCCCCGCCGGUGAGACCACCCAGAUGCGCUACACCGUGGUGAAGAAGCUGCGCACCUACUCGGGCGCCCAGCGCUACUGCCAGGACGUGUACCGGGGCCGGCUGGCCUCGGUGCACAGCGCUGCCCGCAACCAGGAGCUGCAGAAACUGGCACAAACCUACAACAUCAUCAUCUCACCCUGGAUUGGAGCUGUCACCAGCCGCAGGGCAGGACAGUGGCAGUCCUACUGGGAGGACUCCAGCCCCUGGAACUAUGCCAACUGGGCACCCACCCACCCCUUCCAUAUUGUCACCACCUGCACCACCCUCAGCAUCCGAGAUGGGUUCUGGAGAAGCCACUUCUGCUUCCAGCUGCGCCCCUUCAUCUGCCAGUACUGAGCCCCCAGCGCUGCCAUGGCGCCCCAGUUCCUUUCCCAGUAAAGCAGAGGUGUCCUGA